UAAGAGGUUGCAGGAAUGGGCUGGGGAGUGCUUUUGCUUUCUGUACACACGGGGGCUGUCAUCUGAUUUGGGGAUCACCAACUGAAGACAGAGCGGAGAAGGGGGACAGAAACCUCACAGGCUCCAGCCGCCACCAUGUGCUAUGGCAAGUGCGCCCGAUGCAUCGGACAUUCUCUGGUGUGGCUAGCCGUCCUCUGCAUCGUAGCUAAUAUUUUGCUUUAUUUUCCCAAUGGGGAAACAAAGUAUGCCUCUGAUGACCACCUCAGCCGCUUCGUGUGGUUCUUUUCCGGCAUCGUGGGAGGGGGCGUGCUGAUGCUCCUGCCGGCGUUUGUCUUCAUCGGGCUGGAGGAGGAAGACUGCUGCGGCUGCUGUGGCCAGGAGAACUGCGGCAAGAGAUGCGCGAUGCUCUCUUCGGUCCUAGCGGCUCUCAUCGGAAUUGCAGGGUCCGGCUACUGCGUCAUCGUGGCAGCUCUGGGCCUCGCGGAAGGACCCCUGUGUCAGGAUUCCCUCGGCCAGUGGAACUACACCUUUGCCAAAACCGAGGGACAGUACCUGAUGGACACCUCCACCUGGUCCCAGUGCAGGGAGCCUAGGCACAUUGUGGAGUGGAAUGUAACUCUCUUCUCUAUCCUCUUGGCUCUUGGUGGAAUUGAAUUCAUCUUGUGUCUCAUUCAAAUAAUAAAUGGAGUGCUUGGAGGCAUCUGUGGGUAUUGCUGCUCUCGCCAACAGCGAUAUGACUGCUGAAAGAACCAGCCAGACAAACCACAGGCUUCCUCUAUUUCAUUGUAAUUUAUAUAUUUUACUUGUAUUAUUGUAAAACUUUGUACCAGUGUAUCAUACUCUGCAUAUUCUACUUUUAUAAAGGUGUAUAAAAACUGGCGUCUUCACAUGAUGUCAGUGUUUGAACUUAAACUUUUUUUUUUUUUAAUAUGAAAACGAACUAUGCUCUGGAGGUAACUUACAGACUGAGUGAUGGUCCUCAGCAUAUCUGAGGUUAAAUCUGUAACGUUUAGGAUAAAAGCACAUUACAUUUGCUUAUGUGUGUGUGUGUGUGUGUGUGUGUGUGUGUGUGUGUGUGUGUGUUUAAAUGAAAGAUGUCUAGAUUUUUUUUUAAGAUGAAGAAGAAACCCAGCAACCUGAAAAGAUGUAUUUUUUUUCGCUGUUUAUAUGGUGUUUCCCAUCGCUAUGCCCAGAUGUCUACUAAGAGGCCUUUUGAACUGCUUCCUGUUCUGAGGGAGACCAGUACUUGCCCGAUCACGAGAGUCCAUUGAGAAUGCUUUGACUCAAAUGAAUAAGCCAAACCACGUGGCUCUGCUGGUUCUGUGAGCACCACAGAUCUGAAGCUUUUCUGACACGUGAAAAGCUUUUGUCCUUUAAAAGACAAGUACUGAGGAUUCUGUGUUUAAAGAGUUUCUGGCCUGGGUCAUCAGACAAGAAGAAAGAUGGGAGACGGAAAAGCAGUUGACCCACAUCAUGGGGAGAUGGGAGAGAGGAGCUCAGACUGAGAGCCACAGGAAAUACUCCCCAAAUGCAAUGUCCCUGAUGAAAUAAAGU